AUGGGGACGGCGCUGGCGGCUCCCGGCUUGUUACUGCUGCUGCUGCUCCUGGCCGGCACCGCGGGGCUCUGCCGGGCGCUCUUCUCCCUCCCGCUCCGCGUGUCCCACCCCGCCGCCCCCGCCGGGUCUCCGCCCGCCCCGGUGGUGCUGCGGCCGGCGAGCGGCAGCCGGCAGCAGGAUGCCCCCGGAGCUGCGGACGGCUUGGCCUUGGCCUCGGAUCCCGGCGGCACCCUCAACUUUUUAGCCAUGGUGGAGAACCUUCAGGGCGACUCCGGCCGCGGCUACUACCUGGAGAUGCUGAUCGGGACCCCGCCGCAGGCGUUAAAUAUUCUGGUUGACACUGGGAGCAGCAAUUUUGCUGUAGCAGGUGUGCCUGACCCUGAUGUCACAUCCUACUUCAAUCCCGAGCUGUCAAGCACAUACAGAUCUCAAGGGAUUGAGGUCACAGUGAAGUACAGCCAAGGCAGCUGGACUGGAGUGCUGGGCACAGAUGUCAUCACCAUGCCCAAAGGACUCGAUGGCAGCUACACCAUCAACAUUGCCACCAUCCUCGAGUCAGAGAACUUCUUCCUGCCAGGGGUUAAAUGGCACGGGAUCCUUGGCCUUGCCUACGAUGCCUUAGCCAAGCCUUCAAGUUCUGUGGAGACAUUCUUUGAUUCCCUCGUGAGGCAGGCAAAGAUCCCCAACAUUUUCUCCCUGCAGAUGUGUGGUGCUGGACUCCCUGUUUCUGGAAGUGGUACCAACGGAGGUAGUCUUGUGCUGGGUGGAAUUGAGCCCAGUCUGUACACGGGGGAUAUCUGGUACACACCCAUCAAAGAGGAGUGGUACUACCAGGUGGAAAUCCUCAAACUGGAGGUUGGGGGACAGAACCUCGAGCUGGACUGCAGAGAGUACAAUGCUGAUAAAGCCAUAGUAGACAGUGGAACCACUCUCCUUCGACUGCCAGAGAAAGUCUUCAGUGCUGUGGUGCAGGCAAUAGCUCGCACAUCCCUGAUACAAGAAUUCUCUUCUGGUUUCUGGACUGGUUCACAGCUUGCAUGCUGGGAUAGAACUGAAAAACCCUGGUCCUUGUUUCCCAAAAUCUCCAUUUAUCUGAGGGAUGAAAACUCCAGUAGGUCGUUUCGGAUCUCUAUCCUACCACAGCUUUAUAUUCAACCCAUCCUUGUGAUAGGAGAUAAUUUGCAGUGCUACCGAUUUGGCAUCUCCUCCUCCACAAAUGCUCUGGUCAUUGGUGCUACAGUCAUGGAAGGAUUUUAUGUCAUCUUUGACAGAGCCCAGAGGAGAGUGGGCUUUGCAGUGAGUCCCUGUGCAGAAGCUGACGGCUCUCCCGUCUCGGAGAUCCAGGGCCCUUUCACCACAGCAGACGUCGCCAGCAACUGCGUCUCCAGCGUUUCCUUCCACGAGCCCGUGCUCUGGAUCGCCUCCUACGCCCUGAUGAGCCUGUGUGGGAUCAUCCUGCUGGUCCUGAUCGUGCUGCUGCUCAUCCCACCCCGCUGCCAGCACCGCUACACGGACAACGACGUGGUCAACGACGAGUCCUCCCUCGUGCGCCACCGGUGGAAAUGAGAGGCUGGAUCCCAAAAAACUGACUGAAAAACAGGGCCAAGGAUAAAGAGCUCUGCCAAGGGGAAGAAGCCAACGCCUCCUCAGUCCUUUCUACGUUCCUACAAAACGCUGUUGAAAAUCCCACCAAAUAUCCUGCGUCAUGACUUUUACAGCUUUAUUUUCUAACACUGGUUCUGAACCAAAGCACUGUUAACCACCUCUGAAGUGCUACGGUACUGGAUUUGCUACUGCAGUACAGUGAGCCUUUAUGCUCUCUACAGUACCUUCUUAAAA